CCUGUCUUACCAAAGUUGCAAAUGGAUGACGUUUCGUGCCCACGAUGUAAAACUACGAAGUUUCGGAAUCCAUCACUUAAGUUGAUGGUUAACCAGUGUGGCCAUCCUCUGUGCGAGAAAUGUGUCGAAAUUGUAUUUAUUAAGGGCUCUGGGAAUUGUCCUUCAUGUAAUAUCCUUUUGCGGAAAACCGGAUUCCGACUUCAGGUAUUUGACGAUCCACUGGUGGAGAAGGAAUUAGAUAUUCGCAAGAAAAUCCUAAAAGAUAUGAAUGCUCGUGAAGAGGAUUUUCCUACGCUUUCAGAAUACAACGACUAUCUUGAAAUGGUAGAAAAUAUAAUUUUCAAGCUCACGCACAACAUCGAUAUAGAAGCAACGCGGAAGCACGUCGAACAAUACAAGAAGGAUCACAAGGUUAUGAUUAGCAGAAAUCGGGGUCGCCAAAGUAAAGAUGAGCAAUUAAUUGAGCGACUCCUUGAGGAGGAAAAAAUCGUGUCGGACUUCCGGAGUGAACGACAACGACGUGAAGACCUUGAGCGUAGAAAAGCAAAACUCAAAGAAAAAGAGGAGCUAAUUGAUGAGCUCAUGUUUUCGGAAAUGUCUGCUGCCGAGAUCGUGGCCAUACACGACCGUCAGAAACAACAACAAGCUGAAGCUGAAAAGGAAGAAGCAGAACGAGCCCGAUCUUCAGCACCGACUGCAUUUUCGACCGGCAUCAAAAUCGCCGGACAGGCCGGUCAUUCUGGCGAGUUCCUUCCUGUACCCAAGGCGCGGGAACAUCCUCCUUAUGAAUAUCGUCCGCUGCUUAUGGAUACACUUGGGCCCGUACCGCCGACAGAAGAAGAACUGGACGACUUUGGUUACCUCAAUCACAUUCGGGAGGCAGAUACUGCGGAAAAAGCCGGCGGAUUCGAAUCGAAGAUUGCCUGUCAAAGGGCUAUUCAAAACGCUUUAUGUGGCCUGUAUUUUGAAAUUGACAACUUGUAGAAGGAUUAUGUAUGAAUUCGUAAAGGUAAUGGAACAAUACGAACGGAAGCAUGUCGAUUGUACUUUUGGCUAUAUACGGCAUGUCAUUUAUGAUGAGGCACGUCAUUCCCUAAGUGUAUAUAGAUAACGUGUGGUUGCAUAGUUUUGUACUAAAAAGGGCUAAAUAUACCUUUUUCUGUAUAUAAGGAUAUUAUGUGUGCCGUAUUUUAUAAUUUUCACGAGGCUGCCUUACGGUAUACUAAAGGAAAAAACUUUGGAUCUAACUACUGCUCAAAAUGAAUUUUCCUAUGUACGUUUGUCCAGCCCAUCGUAUUUAUAAAAUAAUAAUUUCGCAUACGUUAACUAUGAUUAUGUCCCAAAAUCCGCUAGAUCCAAUACAAAUGGCGGUCUUCGAUGCUGAGUUGUGGUUGGAGUUGUUUUAUAAUGAUGAAGAAGCCCUAUAAAAAUGUAGCAAAAAUCCAAGCCGUUUGAAAAACCAAAAACGGCAAUGACUUUUUUUAAUCAUUGCUUUUGUCGAACCCGUACCAUAUCGAACCUUUUAUCUAAAAAAAAAAGAAUGUUUAGAUCAAUGUUAAUCAGAAAUGGUGAGAUUGCAGCAGCAAAGAAUGUGAAAUUCUCUAUUGCUUUUAGUCCUUUCUGUUUUGUUUUUUAUCCACUGUCACUAGUUACUGUCGUUAUAUGAAAGGUUUAUAUAACAAAUGAGUUCACAAAUAACACUAGUUUGACCAUUUAUUUAAUUCUCGUAGUGCAUACCGAGUUUUUAGGUCCCGUAAUCUGCUUCAGUAUUCUUCUGAUGGCUGAUCUCAACACGAGACCCAGUAAGUCGAUAGUAUACGCUGUCAUUAAGUUAUCAUGAGCUAUGGGACUCGAUCAAUCUGCCUAAUGGGUGUCUUUUAAUAAAAACAUAGUUAAUUACCCGGUAAAGUAUCUGGCAACAAAAGGGCGGAGUGAAAGAAGGAAGGGAGAGAUACUUAAUGAGUGUAUUCCGCCUAUUCAUGAGAGUAAAACAAAUCGAAGUGGUGUUUAGAUAAUCAAUCUACCGGUAGCUCUGCGUGUACAGUAGGAAGUUCUACGUUUUAUGGCUGUUUACAAAGCUACAUUCAUUUUACCUUACGAAGAUUCGAAAGUCGUGUCCCCCAGUAUUUAUCUGGAGAAAAUAUCAUAUCGUUCAGUCGAUCAACUUAAUUUUUAAGUUUUAACGAAUACAUAGAAAAAGUCAUAACGGAUCAUGAUAAGAGGGUACGUCAGUGGCCGAAUCGAUUUCUAGCACGGACUUUUUAUAGGCAGCAGCACGUUAAAUUCAGACAAGUCACAUUCGAGAACGGCCGUCAGCUUUUAGGUCAUUUGUUGUUAUUCUUAUUUGUAAAAUGUUCGUAAUAAUCGAUAAACAAACAGUUAAAUUAUCUAUUUCCUUUGCCUACGUAAAGCUCCUGUAAACGAUACUGUAUAGUUAUUUGGUCUAAUAUUUUCAUUAUUAAAAGAAGUUUUCAAGGUUGCAAAAGUAUCGUCUUAUACCUAAUGCCAAUACAGAAUACCAUAAUGGAUAAGCGUUCCUCAGUUAUUUUAAAGAACGUUAAAGACACUCAGAUAAGAUUGGUUCACAUCGUUGUCGACUUUGUUGGGGUGAGAUAGAUUCCUUGAAUAAAAACGGAGCUAUUUCAGCACUGUAUCGUGAACACCA